AUGGAAGAGCCAACCUAUGACUCCAGCCGCCCUCGGCCUGAUAUUCAAUUGGCGUACCAAUACAAACUGACCAAUUGCCCUGGAAAGAGCAUCGUCGGCCUUCAUGUCACAUUCCCACCGAAUGGCUCAACUCCGCCCCACCGCCAUGGCGGCUGUUCAGUCUCAGCAUAUGUCGUCAGUGGUACGCUGCUGAAUAAAAUGAAUGACAGCCCAAUGAAAGUCAUCAACACUGGGGGCACAUGGUAUGAGGCUCCGGGUUGUCAUCACCGUAUCAGCGACAAUGCUAGCAAGACUGAGUCUGCGGUACUUAUCGCUACGAUGAUCCUGGAUACAGAUGUGUUAGAGCGCGAUGGAAUGGAUGCUCUGAUUCAAAUUGAUGAGGAGUAUCGCUAA